GGUGGCUAAUAAUCCAAGCGUUUUAUGCAAAAGCUCCCUGCUACCAAAAGAGGGGAGCAUCUUGAAAAUGGGGUUUGCUGCAGCUAGUCCCUCCACUUCAAUGGCGAGCCAUGUUUUCCUAAGAAGCUCUCAUCAGAAGGAAGUAAUGUUAGGGUCUUCUUUGCGAAAAGAAACAUGGAGGUUUAAUCUCAACUUGCCCAAGCUCAACUACCAAUCAAGAAACUCAUUUUGCUGCAAGAAUGAAUCAAUCGAUUUCGAAGAAAGAACAAGUCCUAAUGAGGUCAAGAAAGAGAUUGAGCAAUGCUAUGAAUUAAUACACAGGCUUGGUCGGGGUGCUGUGUAUUUAGGAUCUUCAAGGAUGGGUCCUGAACAUCCACACUAUGUUAAAACCUUCGAAUUGGGCAGCAAGAUUGCAGCCCUCUUAGAUUGUACAACAUGGUCGGGUGCUGGGCCAGGCUUAAUGGAUGCUGCAACGCAAGGUGCCCUACAAGCAGGGAAGCGUGUUGGUGGGUUCAAGAUAGGUAGAGAAGCUGGGGAAUGGACGGCUUCAAAUUUUCAUCCUUACUUGCCAUCAGAGAGUUAUCUGACAUGCAGGUUUUUCUCUGCAAGGAAACAUGGGUUGGUGGAUGCUGUUGUGAGAUGUAAAAGCUCUGAGAGGACAGCUGUUGUCGCCCUUCCCGGUGGAAUUGGUACCCUUGACGAGGUUUUUGAGAUUAUGGCUUUGAUUCAACUCGAAAGAAUUGGAUCUCAACUUCCUGUUCCUUUUCUUCUAAUGAACUAUGACUCAUUUUAUUCCAAUUUGCUGGAGUUCCUCAAUGAUUGCGAGAAGUGGGGCACUGUUUCCAAGAAUGAGGUUGCAUCAUUGUGGAAAGUUUGUAACAACAACUCAGAAGCUUUGGCUUACUUGACAGAAUUUUAUGGUCUUUCUCCUGUCGAGACUGGUAGAAAAGAUUCUGAAUCAUCAGAAUGUAGAAGUUUACCUUGACACUUUUCGUCCAUCAGCUAUGGAGAAAAGCUGAAGAUUAUGUUUCAUCAGCAAUUUCUAUUUCUUAUUCUACUCUUUCAAGGAGGUCAUGUUAUUUGCUGAAAUUGAAUAUCGGAGUCUACGUCUUGAAGCAGAGCAAUGAAAAUGUGUGGUUUGAACAAAAAUUUCUUAGUUGUGACUUGCUUUUUUUGAGAUUAAUGUUAAACCAAAGUGCGGAGUGUUACUUUCUUCU